AUGAAACUAAGUGAAAACGUUUGUAAAAAGCUAAGCGAACCAGCAUACUGGAGUUCGAUUUCGAAACCAUCGUUGAUUACAUAUUUAAUUUAUCUCUCACAAACGAAAGAUUUGCUUCAUAAGGACAAAAUUCAAUCUCAAUACGUCUCGGAACUCACUAUAAUUAAACGAAGUUGUAAAGAAAUGGACGAACGACACAAAGCAAUCGUAGAAGCUUUGGGAGAGUUUGCGCUACGGCCUGCGGGAUCUCAACAUGCGAAAGCUACGGCUCCGUUAAGUAAUGCAAUGUUACUCUACUGGCUAGUAUGCUGGCUACGGCCAUGUGUACGAAAGGCUACGGCUCCGCUAUAG